UGGAGACUACAGUAUCAUACAACAGGUGUUGUUGCGGACACUCUGUCUACCUAUUUCAUUUACAUGUCACGUGACACAGCCACUUUUUCUGUGAAUAAAAACAAUGCACAUCCAGCAGGUUGUGAUCGACGGAUUCAAAUCCUAUGCUCGUCGAACAGUGGUGGAAGGGUGAGUCGAUCUGACGAUUUGCUUGACAGGAUUUAGUACAUGGCUCCGCCAUCAUCUCAUAUAUUUUAUGGCAAACUUCACGUCUUCUUUCUCGCAGAUUUGAUCCACAUUUCAACGCAAUCACGGGUUUGAAUGGUUCGGGAAAAUCAAAUAUUCUAGAUUCGAUAUGUUUCGUCUUGGGGAUUACAAAUUUAAGCCAGGUUCGAGCUGGUAAUCUCUCCGAACUUGUUUACAAGCAAGGGCAGGCUGGUGUUACCAAGGCUAGUGUUACUGUCGUAUUCAACAACGAAGAUGAAGCGAGCUCACCAGUUGGUUACGAACAAUGCAAGGAAGUCACCGUUACUCGUCAGGUUUUGCUUGGAGGAAAAUCGAAAUACCUCAUCAAUGGGCGCAAUUCACCUGCUGGUCAAGUUCAAAAUUUAUUUCAUUCCGUACAACUCAACGUCAAUAAUCCUCACUUUCUCAUUAUGCAAGGUAGAAUCACCAAAGUACUAAACAUGAAACCACACGAGAUCCUAGGAAUGGUUGAAGAGGCUGCUGGGACACGAAUGUACGAAACGAAAAGAAUUGCUGCAAUCAAAACUAUCGAUAAAAAGCAAGCUAAGGUGGACGAAUUGAAUUCUGUCCUGUCGGAAGAAAUUACUCCUACGUUGGAAAGGCUGCGAGGUGAGAAGCAAAGCUAUCUUAUGUGGAGUAAAAAUAACGCUGAUAUCGAACGUAUUGAACGAUUCGUGGUUGCAAGUGAUUUUCUCAGAGCGCAACAAGCAUUAGACAAUAAUGUGGAGGGUUCCUCUGAGAUGGAGGAUAAAGUAACUGAAUUAGAGACUCAGGUAGAAACAUACGAGGGCCAAAUAGAGGAACAUGACAACGCUGCGAGCGAAUUAUCAUCCAAACUCAAGGGGGAGUUUGAUCAGUCACAUUCGAAGCUGAAAAAGGAGGAGGAGAAACUAUCAAAACAACUUGUUAAGGUAACCUCCACAUGGCAAAAUAGUCAGGAAUUGACAAAGAAAGCAGAGACAGAUCUCGCAGAUGCUAGAGCGCUUGUAACUGAAACAAAGAACUUAUGUAAUGAAAAAGAAAAGCAGAUUUCUCAAGAUGCGAAAGCUGUUGAGGAUAUUGUUUCUGCAAAAGAGGAAGCAGAGCGUACUCUAGAGGACCUCAGCUUGAAGUUUCAGAAUAUGUCGGCCGGAAUAUCCAUGUCUCAAGGAAACGAAGGUAUGACUCUUCCGGACCAGAUAGCAAAGGCUCAUUCCGAUUCUAAAACAGCCGAAGCCAAGGUCAAACAAGCGACGAUGAAGAUCAAACAUUUGACAAAAUCACUGACGGUAAGUAUUGUCGUGAUCAAAAUAUGCAUCGAGAUUUGUAAUUUCUCUCUUGAAGGAACUCCUACUUGCUAGACAUUUUAUUCGUGCCCUAACCUAACUGUCUGGAACGACUUUGUAGUCUGUCGAAAAGCAAAUGAAGAAAGAGCAAAAGAGCGCAGAUACGCUAAACAGACGACGUGAAGCAUCAACUCAAAAGGCUGAAAAAUUUCGAAAGCUGCUUUCAGAACUUAAUUUUGAUCAAGACGAAUUCGCGAAACUAGAUCAAGAAAAAGAUCACUUGACUUCUUCUGUGGAAGAACUCAAUGGCAUCGUUGAAACUCUAACAGCUCAGCUUGGAAGUCGUCUUGCAUUUAACUAUUCAGAUCCCGUACGUGGGUUUGACCGCUCCAAGGUCAAAGGUUUAGUGGCCAAGCUAAUCCAAGUGCAGAACCCAGUUCAUGCUACAGCUCUCGAAGUUGUUGCUGGAGGAAAGUUGUAUCAAGUAGUGGUUGAUGAGGCGAUCACUGGAAAAGCUAUUCUUGACCGAGGGAAUCUAAAGCGCAGAGUUACAAUCAUUCCACUCGACAAAAUUCAGCCACGACGAGUGACUGCUGCUGCGUGCAACAAGGCAAACCAAAUUGCAAAUAGUCUUGGUGCGAAGGCUUGGCCCGCAAUCGAGCUUGUAGGAUUCGACGAAGAAAUUCGUUCUGCUAUGGAAUAUGUUUUUGGUGCAUCUAUUGUCGUGGACGGAGCGAAAGCUGCGAAUCAGAUAUGUGAUGCGACAAAAACCAGAACUGUGACAUUAGAUGGCGAUGUCUAUGAUCCAUCUGGGACUAUUACCGGAGGGUCUAAGAACAACCUUGGGAGUACACUUGUAGAACUUACGAAGCUACUCGAAGCCUCAAAGCAGCUUUCUGCGGACAAGGAACGGCUUUCAACCGUGUUGACGGCCCUUCGUGAUUUGAAAGGGAAGUCGUCCGAAUUCGAUAAAUUGAGUCAUAAGCUUUCACUCGCAGAAGCAGAACUCGAAGGAAUUAAAAAGCAGGUCUCCCAGACAUCAUAUGGAGUCCUAGAAGAGAAAUUUACCUCCAUGUCAAAAGAACUGGAAGAAGCCAAUGAAGAAUACACUUAUAUGCAAGAUGAGCAAAAGGAAAAAUGGGACUUGUACCACGAACUGAAAGAAAAAGAAGUAGAACUUACUCAGCAACGCGAGGACAUGCUUGGUCAAAUCGAAAGUGAUAUCAAGAAGGCCAAGAAGGCAGCUGCCGAUGCAGUUAAAAGAGCUCGUGAAGCGGAGUCGUCCAAAGACACUCUUCUUAUGGAACUUGAGAGCUUGAAGGCCGACGUAGUUUCAGCAGAAGUGGCUGUCUCAACUGCAGAGGCGAGCUUGAAGGAAGCCAACGAAGAAGAGAUAAGCAAGGAAAUUGUAGUUGGAGAAGUGAAGGCAUUAUGGGACGAAGCAAAGGCUGCACAAACAAAAUUUGAGGAACGAAUUACACAAUUCUCGUCAGAACUGGCUGAAAUCAAGCGAGAGAGAGCUAAUUUAACGAAGAAGGCAGAGAAAUGCACCCUCGAGGCUAAAAAGCUUACGGUGUCGAUUUCUCGUAUUCGGAAAGAAAGACAGAGUGCUGAAAAAGUUGUCAUAAGCUUAUUAAAGAAUCAUCCGUGGAUCGAAAGUGAGAAGAGUGCUUUCGGUGUCGAAGGUGGCGACUACGACUUUACAGCUGCGAACCCCGAUGAUAUGAGUGCACAACUGCACGCAUUAAAGAGCGAACAGGAAUCAUUGGUACGUUUUAUCAUUCUUUAUCAUAGUUUCACAUGACCCGACCGGCAAGUGUACAAGACCUGUUGCAAAAGCUAACUAAUGAAUUUCAACUUUCGUUUUCCUAGAGCAAGAAAAUCAACAAAAAGGUUAUGGGAAUGAUUGAGAAGGCCGAAGGAGAAUAUACCGAGCUUCUCCGAAAAAGAAAGGUGGUUGAGAAUGAUAAGAAGAAGAUUAAAAGCGUUAUUGAAGA